AUGUACUGGUCGCUGGCCAACGAUCUCUCGGCGGUCGCCUCCAACACAUCCGGUAUUGGUGGUCGCAGUCUACUACGGUCCAGUGCCACCUAUGCGUAUGCCAACACGUCUCUUUCCAGCGUCUACGUCCUCAACGGCACGCUGGCAUCGCCCUUGACCCGCGGCUUUCAGCUUACAACGGCGCUCUUUGGUCCCUACGGCUCGAUCGACAUGGUGUAUGUGCCCCCGCCGGUCGCUUUGCAGCAGCUCAUGUCGUAUCUGCUGGAUGCGACGCGGACGUCCCUCGCCGGCAACCUCGCCGCCCAAGGCGCGUACUUCAACAUUACCCCCCUCGACCUCUCGCGGCCAGUACCCUCGUUGUGGCUCACGUCGCGUUUGGUUACGUUUGGCGGCUCACCGCUGUGCCCCGAAGCCUUGUCGGGCGGUGCGCUAACGACCGCGGGUCUCGGCACGCUCGUGUCGUACGACGGCAUUUGCUUGACAUCCACGGGCACCGUCAAGGUGCAACCCACCCGGCAGCAGUACAUUCUAUCUGCGAUUCUCGCGGGGCUUCAGAUGACCGACAACAUGACGGCGAUCUGCGCGCUCGACCCAUCGUUCACGGCGCAGUGCGCAGUCUACUUGCCGCGCACGCUCGGCUACAUUCAGCAGUACAUGCAGCUACCGUCAUCAAUGGCAAUUGAUGUGGCCAACAUGCACCAGCGAAUCGCAGGGAUGAAUAUAUCCGCCAUGAUUUACGCCCGGACAAGUACAAACACGUCGUUGCCGCUCACCCUUCGUGUGCUCAACCUGCUCGACGACCGCGAACGAAGCUUCAAGUUUUUCGCGUGGCUCUUCUUCUACGACUGGGUCUUUGGCAUCCGCGAAGUCAUUUCGUUUCAAGGCGACGACGGCGGGUUGUCGCUCAUGAGCGAUCUUUCGACGCCGCUCUCCCAAGCGACCCAGGCGUGGGAGGUCCCCGCCAACAUUGCCCAGUACCUUCGCGCGGGUGUCCUCUACGUCACCGGCGUCAUGAUCGCUGUCGCCGGUCUCGCGUUCGUCUACAUCAUGGCAGGUCGGGGGCAGUUUGAGGGCCUCAACAUGCUCGAGCUCGGCCGGGUUGGCGGCAUUGUCUGGGUCGGUCGGCCCUUCUUGCUGCUCCGAAGCAUGACGGCCAUCUGUGUGCUCUCGACCGCCACACUGCAGCUGCAGAAUUCGGGCUAUUUGAGCUACUUUGCGACCGUCCAAGAUCCGUGGUACAAGACAUUUUUGGCAGCGAAUGAAGUCACGUGGCUGAUUACGAUCGUCAACGACAUCUUUCUCGUGUUCACCGGCGACUAUGCGUCGUACUAUGUCACCCCCAACGGCUUUGUCGUCUGGGUCUUUGCGUCGGCCGUCACGGUCGCAUCGCCCGUGACACCGGCCACGACCAUCGACUUGCACUGCCGCCUCGAGCAAGUCGACUUGUACGCUGUGUGUACCGCCGGCGACAUUGCCAUUGGUAGCUCCCAGCGUAUGCUUCUCUUGGCGUCGGCCGUGCUCCUCUCGCAGGUCCUCUCGUUCGCCACCGCCCGGCUCUGUAUCCGAGUCGCGCCGUCGAACCCCGUCACGUCGCUCUUCAUGUCGUCGGGUGCAAAGUUUCUGUUUGUGCCGGGGCCCUGGAUGGACGGCGAUGUCUACUAUGUGGACCGUGCGUCUGCUGUUCUCGACGGGCUGCUGACGUGGCGACUCGAUGCCAAGCGGCUCGUGGUCCUCGACGUCAAGAGCUGGCGCAUCUUCAUGAUCCCUGUCGACACGAUGCACCCGAUUAGCCCUGCGUUCGCCGCGGCCGUUCCUCUGAUCAACGAUGUCUAG